AUGCCCCCGAGAAUCAAAGUGUUAACAUGUACACUUUUAGUUCCAUUGAAUCUCAAAUACCUUGCUUUAUCAAAUUACUGCCUUCAAUCCACUGGUUACAACCUGACAAAGCAUGGAAAUGAUAUACAGGAACCUCUUCGUUUAGCUGUGAUGCUUGAACAAACAUCUUAUUGCUGUUACCUUUUAGCCAAACCAAUUAUAUUUAGGAAGUAUGGAUUUCAUCUCAAUCUUUCUGAUGAUCUAUACAAGAAAUGUGAUCAGGUCAACAACUUGAAAUUGUUGGAUGACAUGGCAGAAUUGAGUUCAGCCUACUGUGUUCCACAACUAUAUAACAGAGUAUAUGAUGGAUGGGUGAAGAGGCAAGCAUUAUUUAAUGAGGAGGCAAAAAGCAGUUUUUUAAAGGUUCUUGAUCAUAUCAUACCACCUGCUUCAUCUACUUCUGCCAAAGAAAAAGAUCCUAAAGUCGAUGAACAGUGGUCACACCUGGAUGCCAUUGUGUUACAAUGGAUAUACGGGACGAUUUCUAAAGAUCUCCUCAUAACCAUUCUCUCGCUAGGAACCACCGCUGCCGCCGCCUGGAAGGCCAUUGAAAACAUCUUUAUAGACAGUAAACCAGCCCGUGCUCUCCAGCUUCACCAGAAAUUCGCAAAUGUCAAGCUCGAAAACUUUCCUAACAUGGCGGCAUAUUGCCAAGAAGUUAAAAAUCUAUCUGAUCAGCUAACUAAUGUCGAGGCUCCUGUAGAAAAUCAGUGGCUUGUUCUACAGCUUAUCUUCGGGCUCUCGGAUCAAUACGACAGCAUCGCCACUCUUCUCCAACAAUCCACUCCGUUACCCGACUUCUACACCGCCCGCUCUAAACUUUGUCUCGAGGAAACCAGAAAAUCGCUGCAUAACCCACCCGUCACCGCCCUCAUUACCUCCAUCACCGCACCAGCAACGAACGUCGUCGGCACAACCUCCUCUGAUCAGCGGGACAACGGAACAUAUUCUCAGUCGCAGCAGCCCCGGUCCUCUGGUCGGGGCCAUUCGGAUGGAUCUUAUCGUGGGCGGGGUCGAGGUGGACGGGGCAGAGGACGGGGACGCGGACGUGGGCGCGGUUUCUCCUACUCCCAACAACCUCCAUGGUAUUUCUGGAAUGCACCAACAUGGACCACUCCACCGGUUCCUUAUCCCACUGCACCACAACAGCGAUACCCGAUGACACGCCCUCCUGCCGCCGACAUUCUCGGACCUUCUCCGGCACAUGCUUACACCUCAGAAGCUUCGUACACCCCUACCAACAUUGAGCAAGCCAUGCAUACCAUGACACUCAACCCCGACCCCAACUGGUACGCUGACACGGGCGCGACAAAUCACAUGGCAAACACGACAGUUUCUUAUCCCACCGCCCAAACUACAUCGUCCCCUCCUACUCUUUCUCACACCUCUCCUUACAGCAGCCCACCACCCUCUUCCUCCAAACCUACAACCCCACCUCCUUCCACCACAGUCGGCGCACCACCCUUACUCCACACCUACUCACGACGCCGACCAUCUCACACUCAUUCGACUACUACCCAAACACAUGUCGAGCCUUCUCCUGCCUCCCCUCCUCCUCUACCCACUCGCACCAUGACCACCCGCAGCAUGUCUGGGAUCACCAAAACAAAACAACCCACUUCUCUUCACACCUCCACUACCACCGCCAUAGCUCCCUUACCCAGCAAUCCAACCGAAGCCAUCUCCGUACCGGAAUGGAACCAUGCCAUGACUGACGAGUUUAACGCUCUUAUCGAUAAUAAUACUUGGGAUUUGACAACUGAGAUUCUUCAUUUGUUAAAGCAGAUCAAGGAGAAGCUGAUCAAAUGAUCAUCAGAAGACACGAAUGUAUUUCCUGUGAAUAACUUUCAUCUUCAAAACAACUUUGUCUUCAUUGGAGCUUCCAAGAUCUCUCUCUUGCGAAUGGAACACCUUCAUCUUCAUUCAGAGGCUCUCCCUAUGAUAACAAUUAGAAGAUACUUCCUUAAAUGGUCAAAUUUUUUGGUAUAUGAAGGCCGGGUCAUGGGUCAUGGAUCCAGAUGCUUUAGAAAAGAGAAUAUUCUACGGGGGAGUGGAACACUUGCAAAAAGAGGUUUUCUUAUUUGAUCAUCAGAAGACACAAAUGUAUUUCUUGUGAAUAACUUUCUUCAAAGAACUUUGUCUUCAUUGAAGCUCCUUCCAAAACCUCUUGCAAGUUGCAAAUGGAACACCUUCAUCUUCAUUCAGAGGCUCUCCCUCUGA